AUGGGCGGUCUGGCUUUCAGCGAGAAUGUACGACACACAUACAUCGGCGGUGAGCGCUGUGGGCGCGUCGUUGUAUGCCUGUAUCUCUGCAUUCGCGACUAUCUGAAGAUCUUGAAGCGCGAGGACUGGGAUGAUCCGCAAUUCCAGGAGGAAAUCAAGAGAGUGCAUAAGAGAUGUGCGGAAAGGACAUUACGGGCGAUGGAGAAGAAUGGGAGCAUAUUUAUCAAGCUGGGACAACAUUUGACGAGUCUGAAUUACUUGCUGCCGAACGAGUGGUGUGAAACGUUCAUCCCGUUGCAAGAUAAGUGCCCCGUUUCGAGCUUUGGCAGUGUCCAUGAGAUGGUGAAGAAGGAUACAGGGAAAUCGCUGGAGGAGUAUUUCAGCGAAUUCGAGCCGGAGCCAAUUGGAGCUGCGUCGCUGGCGCAGGUGCACAUUGCGAGAUUAAAAGAUUCGGGGGAAAAGGUUGCUGUGAAGGUUCAGCAUCCUAACUUGGAUGAGUGGGCAGCUCUGGACAUGUGGCUAACGAAAUACACCUUCCGGACGCUGCGAUAUUGGUUCCCUGAAUAUGAUCUUACUUGGCUCAGCGAGGAGAUGGAGGCUUCUUUACCGAAGGAAUUGGACUUCCGGGAAGAAGGUCACAAUGCGAAGCGCAUGAAGGAAUACUUCUCGCAUAUACCAAACACUCCAUUGAUCAUCCCCGAUGUGAAAUGGGCAGAAAGGCGAAUUCUGGUGAUGGAGUUCAUUACAGGCCAUCGACCUGACGAUCUUGCUUUCCUGGAUGCCAAUGGCAUCUCUCGCGAUGAGGUCUCUGCUGCUCUGGCCAGAAUUUUCAACGAAAUGAUCUUCGGCAACGGAGCGCCUCUACACUGCGAUCCUCACGGCGGCAAUCUCGCAAUACGAAUAAACAACAACAGACGCAAGCCUCACAAUUUCGAUGUCAUCCUUUACGAUCAUGGUCUCUACCGUGAUAUCCCUCUGCACAUGAGAAGGGCCUAUGCGCACAUGUGGCUCGCAGUCCUAGACACAGACAUUCCCACGAUGCGAAAAUACGCCUACGAAAUCGCCGGCAUCGGAGAUGAUGAGUUUCCGAUCUUUGCUUCUGCUAUCACGGGAAGAGACUAUAGCGUCGUCACCUCCUCCGUCACAGUAGAGCGUAAUUCUGAAGAGAAACGCUCUCUAUCCGAGCAGCUAGGUCAAGACCUUGUCGAGAAGCUGGUCGGCCUCCUCGGCCGCGUGCCCCGGGCCAUCCUCCUCAUCCUCAAAACCAACGACCUCACACGCAGCCUUGAUGAAAACCUGCACACCUCUCAGGGACCCGUGCGAAGCUUCUUGAUCUUGGCGCGGUAUGCGGCGCAUUGUGUCUGGGAGGAACGGGUGGACAGCAUACGAGGGAGUGUAUUCUGGCCGUCAAAUUUGGCGAAGUUGGGUUACGCACUCUGUGGUUACGCUAAGAGGGUCUUUGAAUUGAGGGUCUAUGAGUAUUAUCUCAGUGCGAGGAGGAGAUUGGGGUAUGCGAAUCCGCAGAGUAUACUUGAGUGA